AUGUCGUUUGUUCGUACGUUUGGAAAAGCUGCUUUGGCGACUCUUCUCCUCACUCCUUCUUCCAUAUCAGCUACAGACUAUACACCUCAAGAAACCGUCUUGAAUUCUGGUCGUCCGACUUUCUACGAUGCUUCAACUUCCAUUCCUGGUAAAAUUGCCCUCGAAGAACAUGUUGGUAAUGAUCUUCUUAAUGGUCUCUAUACCGUCCCUUACUAUCCCAACACCAACGAACCUCAAUACUCUGAUUCCGUCUACAUCGCCGAUGUAGGUGAGAAGAUGCUCGAUAUUCCUUCGCGCAUUGCCAAUAUGGAUGCUGCGAAUAUUAGCAUUUCCGUUUUAACAUUUGGAGGCCCGGGGAUCCAGGGUGUUUUCAAUGCUACCUAUGCGACCUAUGCCGCUGGAUAUGUGAAUGACUAUUUGUACAAGAAUUAUAAGGAUAAUGCGAAUUACACGGGGAGAUUUGAGUUUUGGUGUAGCAAUGCACUUCAAGAGCCCUCCAAGGCCGCUACCGAACUCGAACGUUGUGUCAAAGAACUCGGAGGUGUUGGAUCCUUCGUUGGAGGCUACACCAACAAUGGAGGUAUCAACGGUACCGCAAACGAUAUCGUCUAUCUCGACGACCCAAGCAUGGAGCCUUUCCUUGAAAAGGUAGUCGAGCUAGAUGUUCCCAUCUACUUGCAUCCACGUAUGCCAGCCCCUAGCCAACUUCUCAGCGUCAAAGGCUAUGAAUUCUUGGGUUCAUCUCCCUGGGGAUUUUCCUCCGAGACAGGUGCUCACGCUCUCCGUCUCAUGGUUUCCGGAACUCUGGAUAAAUACCCUACUCUUAAGAUUGUGCUCGGACAUUGUGGAGAGGGACUUCCAUUUUUCCUUCCACGUAUUGAUCAGCGAUUGAGACAUUUCAAUCAAGAUUUGUUCAACAGCAAGCUGACGAUGGAGGAGUACUGGCUCCGCAAUUUCUGGGUUACAACUGCGGGUGUACAAGAUGCGGGAACAGUGGUGGAUACGAUCAAGAGAACAGGUGAGGAUAGAGUAAUGUUUAGUGUGGAUUAUCCAUUUGAGGAUACGGUGGAGAUUGCGGGAUGGUUUGACCGUUUGGAGAUGAACACACUUACCAAGACGAAGUUGGCAUACGAGAAUGCGAAAGCUCUUCUAAAGUUGACUUGA